UCAGCGAUAAACAUUCAUCCCCGAGCCGGAGAAUGAGUCACUCCUUGUCGUCAUUUCCGGUGUCCUAGUAAACGUCCAUUCGGAUUUAAAGCGGGGGAGAUGUCGAGUACGUUGGAGUUGGAAGAUUAUAAGAAAGUUGUCAACGAAUUUCUCGAGAAGUCAGCUGAUUUGGGUGAUGGAUGGUCGAGGAAGGCGAUCAAGGAAGAAGACGGAUACUCAUAUCUUGUUAAAACUAUUAGAAAAAUGGAAAAUUUAGAUAAAGGAAAUUUAAAUAGUGAUGAUAAUCAAACUGAUUUCUCUGAGGUAAACGACAGUAUUGUCACUUACGAAUAUCAUAUUGUAUACAGUCUUAGCUAUGCAGUACCUGUUAUGUAUUUUACUGCAUGGAAAGAAGAUGGUUCAACGCUAUUAUUGGAAGAAAUUUGGUCUCGCGUACCAAAAUAUUAUCAGGAUCAAUUGAAAAACCAGCGCUGGACCAUGUUAUCUCAGCAAGAACAUCCCAUUUUAGGAAGGCCCUUUUUUACUAUACAUCCUUGUCAUACAUCAGAAUUAAUGAAAAAUGUUUUGUCGGUUGCCGAGAAACAAGAAAGUUUCAAUUACUUGGUAUCAUGGUUAAGUAUUGUUGGUCCUAUCGUGGGUUUAGAAGUCUCUCCCUAUUACAUCACUAAAGGUUGAAUGUGCAUAAUGAAGUUUACAAAUCAAACUUAAACAUGCCAAAAAUCAAUGUAAUAAAAUAAUGCUUUUAUAUUUUGAUAUUUUAAUUAAAAUUUUUAAAAU